GUUGAACACUAAACUCAUCGGGUACUACUUAAGAGUUUUUGCCAAAUAAAAAACCAAGAAAGGAUAGCUAAGAGUCUAAUUAGUUUACCAUAGCUCGCCAUGAUGAUGUUGGAUAUUGUACUUUUUAUCCUUGGUUUUCUCGUGUUUUUUCAAAUAUGCACAUUGUUUUCGCAAAAGAGUCUGUCGCACGUUAUGCGUUUCUGACUGAUUGUAAUGAUAUGCACAAGGCCUUUCUAAAGCUUUUAUCUUUUUUCGUUGUUACCUACUAUAAGAGGAUUAAACUAACAGCUUUUUCUAAGUUGGUGCUUUGAAAUGUCUAAACCAACAAUACCAACAGUGAAAGGACAAAUAUUUGAGUUAGGGCCAAGGUUUGACAACGUUCAGUAUGUUGGGGAAGGUGCGUAUGGGAUCGUUGUAUCGGCGUUCGAUUGUCAGCGUAAUGAAAAAGUAGCUCUCAAGAAAGUUUCCCCAUUUGAACAUCAGACAUAUAGUCAGAGAACGUACAGGGAAAUUUGGAUACUUAGUAGAAUGGACCACGAGAAUGUUUGUUAUUAGAAAGUUUACAUUCGUUUACAAAUAAAUUUACAGAUUGUGAAAAUUCAUGAUAUUAUAACGUCGAGCACAUUUGAAGAGAUGAAGGAUAUCUAUAUUGUUGAGUGUUUUAUGGAAACUGACCUGUGUCGCUUACUGAAGACACAGAAACUAAGCAAUGACCAUAUUUGCUACUUUUUAUAUCAAAUGCUUAGAGGCCUCAAGUACAUACAUUCUGCAAAUGUUCUUCAUAGGGAUCUUAAGCCGUGCAACAUCUUGUUGAAUGCAGCGUGUGACUUAAGAAUCUGUGAUUUUGGUUUAGCUCGUAUAGCUGAUCCAGAAUCAGAACAAUCGGGUACAUUAACAGAAUAUGUAGCUACACGUUGGUAUCGUGCACCAGAAAUAAUGCUUACAUCAAAAUUAUAUACUAAAGCAAUUGAUAUUUGGUCAAUUGGUUGCAUUAUGGCUGAAAUGCUUAGUAAUCGUGUUUUAUUCCCUGGAAAACAUUAUAUUGACCAAUUGAACUUGAUAUUGCAAGUUUUAGGUUCACCAUCAAAAGAAGAUUUUGAAACAAUUGUAAACCUUAAAGCUCGCGCCUAUUUAGAAUCAUUGCCACAUCGUACAAAAGUACCAUGGAUACAAUUAUAUCCAUAUGCUAGUGAAUCAGCACUGGAUUUACUGGACAAAUUAUUAUGCUUUGUUCCAUCAAGACGUAUAACAGUUGAAGAUGCUUUAGCCCAUCCAUAUUUAGAACAGUAUUAUGAUCCAACAGAUGAACCUGUCUUUGAACAUCCAUUUAUUCAACAACCAGAUAAUUUUCCUAAAGAAAAAUUAAAAAUUCUUAUAUGGGAAGAAAUUCAACGAUAUCGUAGUAAUAAAACUAUCAAUGAUAUAGUUUAUAUUAAUAAUAAUAAUAGACAAGUUGAACAUAUGGAUGAUCAAUCAGACAAGUUAGUCUCAGAAGGAACAAUGGCACCAGGAAUUGUACCAAUCAGUCAGUAACAACCUUAAGAAACAAUCUAUGAUCUCAGUUGAAAUCUCAAGCAUAAUCUUUCUAAUACAUCAAUAGACUAUCCAUAAAGUGUUCCCUAUCAAUCACUCAAUAGAUUCAAACAAUCCUAUUAUGAAUAAUUUACCUAAAUUAUCCAGCUUUUCAUGACCAGUUAUAUAUGUGUAUACGUUUCAAUCUAUCAGCUGUGUAUGUUUUUUUCUUUUUUAUUUUGCUUAGAAUAAUUUCAUCAAUAUUUUUCUUUUCAUAUUAUGAAUUCUGUCAAGAUUCCCUUUUUUUAGUCUCCAAGCAUAUUAUCUAUACAUUUUUGUCUAAAAAAAAACUGCUUACAUUGUAAAUGAUUUACUAUUUAUUAUUGAAUACUACUUAUUUAAAACAUUAAUACACUACUUAUUACGAUGAAUAAAUAUCAUUUAUUUAUUUUUCGAGAGAGAGAGUGUGUGUAUGAGGGAGAGGUAUUUAAGUUUGAACUAUAGUCACUAUAGUCACUUAGUGUUUCGACGAUGACUUCAACAUGACUCUUACAUUUAUUGAUUGUGAAUAAAAAUCUGUUACUGAUGAUGUAAUAAUGUUAACGGUUACGAAACUGUUUAAUAUAAAAAUCUAACUAAAUCAGUCGUGGAUCAGUUGAAGUUAGACA